UUCAUUUUUUACUUAUGUUUGAAUCUAAGGGGUUUCAAGAAGCGUGCCCCUCGGGCACUCAAGGAGAUCCGGAAAUUUGCCAUGAAGGAGAUGGGGACUCCAGACGUGCGCAUUGACACCAGGCUCAACAAAGCUGUCUGGGCCAAAGGAAUAAGGAAUGUCCCAUAUCGUAUCCGGGUACGUUUGUCCAGAAAACGUAAUGAGGAUGAAGAUUCACCAAACAAGCUGUACACAUUGGUCACCUACGUGCCUGUCACCACUUUCAAAAGUCUGCAAACCGUGAACGUGGACGAGAACUAAUGCCGCUGGGAAGGGCGCGGGGUGAAAGGUGACGCCUCCUCUCCUGCAGGUCUGCAGACCGUGAACGUGGACGAGAACUAAUGCUGACGGUCGAAUAAAGUUAUACAACUGCC